GUUCGAACGAGCUCUCAGUUCUCUUUCAGCACCCGCCCGCGAUCGGUUCGUUCCUUUCCUGGUUGUUACCCGUUCAUAACCGGUAUAGUGUAGUAUUCGUUGAACUCUCUCCAGACUUCCAGACCGUGCGUUUCCGUCCCGCUUGGCGCCCUAAAAAAGCAACUUCGUGCACAUCAAUCCCCAAAAAGCCAACUGCAGUACAGCGUAUAGUUGUUGGUGACGAGUCCGGUUGAGCAAUUAUCAAUCAUUGUUUGGUGCACAGAAAUUUGACCCGGUGGUCUCUAUCCGACAUGUGCUAGAAUAUGUGUCACUGAUUUGGAAGUGAAACUGGUUUUUUAAAUUCGAUUUGAUUGGGAGGAAGUCGAUGAAAAUGAAGAUACAGCUAGCGUUUCUCGGACUGGUGUCCCUCUUCGGAUACUGCCACGUAGCACCUGCAUUCGGUGAUGCUUUCCAACUAGGCACGGAACAAACUUACACCUAUGUGAACGAAGUUCGGGUGGGUGACGCGAGGAACGCUUCCCAAAUAGUUGGGUAUCUCGUCAAAGCCAAAGUCCACGUAGCCACCAUAUGGGGUGAUGAUGAACAUAAACUUCUACUUUUGAAGGUCACGAAUCCAAGCCUGUACACCACUCCAGGAGAUUUGAAACACAAAACGACCUUGUCAAACGUAGAUUCAACAACGUUCUAUGUGUACUGGAAUCUCGGAUAUCUGAAGAAAAUCUACUUCGGACAGCAAGAGGAUGCUUCGUUGGCGAAUUUCAAAAAGGGGAUCGCCUCCUUGUUCCAGUACCAACUUUUGGAUGGAAAAUACGUCGAAGAAGAUACGUCUGGAACUUGUGAUGUUCAGUACACAUCUCAUUCGUCAACUCGAUACCAUAAAGCAAAGAACAACUGUAAGUUUGUCGGCGAUCGCUUCGAGAGGACCGAGUACCCUCUUCGUAGUCUAACAAGAACAGUUCGCAGUGCGGACUUUACCGUGAGCACUGAAGGAACGCUGGAAAAGAUUGUGGCUCAAGAUUACGUGAAGUACCUGGUCAACGCAUAUGAUGGGCUAGGAGCGUUCCUGGAGUCUACGACGAAGCUCGAACUUGAAACUGGAUCCAAAAAAGUUAGCACCAUCGAGGGAAAGUCGGUUGAUGAAGUGGUCCAAUCUUUGGGAGUACAUGAACACGGAUUGCUAUCGGAAGAUGUUGAUACGAAAUGCGUAGGCGAUAACUGUGAUAAUCUCGUGAAGUUAGUGAAAUCGUACAAAAAAGGCCUUACCAACGAGCGCAUUGGUAAACAGGACUCGUCAGCCGCUCUAGUGAAGCUAGUCGAAUACGGUCGCCAAACAUCCACUGAAGACUUCCUACGCCUUCUCAAAGCAAAAACUAUGCAGGAACAGCGAGGCCAAUUGCUGGAUCUCCUAGGCGCCAUCCAAACCGUAGAAGCUCAUAAAGCGGCCAAAACUUUGUUGAAAUACGAGUCGGACGAAGACCUGUUGGCUGAGCGAUAUCUGCAAGCUCUAGCCGUGGGUAGUCGUCCCAAGAAAGCCGUCAUCGAUCUGCUAGAAAUGGCCGAAAAGAAGCCAGACAAUAACAAGUUCUACGACACGUUGUUACAAACCCUAGGAUCUUUGGCCCAUCGCUAUGCCAAGCUUUCAGGAAAUUCCUAUGACACCGAGUUAGUUGAAAAGGUUAAGGAGUUUUUGUUGAAACAACUGGAUUGGUGCAAAAAGGAUAAAUGCAAGGAAAAGUUUAUCCGCGGCUUGCAUAACCUGAAGUCCCCUAAAACCUUGGACGUGCUCAUCAAACUUGCAAAGGAAGGCAGUGCUAUGAUCAGCGUAUCGGCUAUGAAAGCGCUGAGGUCGUUCUCCGUUUUCUUGUGGAACGACGAGUUCAAAGCCGUUUUCGAGGACAUCUUUUUCCAAGUUUCCAAGAAAUACGACUCGAGUGCUAGGGCUCUGGCUCUGGACAUUCUUCUGGACUUGAAACCGGACUACGAAGAACUGAUGCACUUGAUUCAGCUUUUGAAAUCCAGCGACAAAGCCUACGAAGUCAAACAGUACCUUCUUCAGAAAUUGAACAUGUUGGCUGAUCGUUGUCCAGACUUUGCCGCUAUGCUGAAGAAAGUAAUUCAACAAGAUCAUCAGUUGAACAACUACCACAUCCUCGGUGCCAAGGGAUUGUCCACAGCCCUUACUAGAACUUACUCAACAGUACCUUCUUUCAACGCAUCUUUGGUGUCUCUACAGGAAAUGAGUGGAGGAGUCCUGAAGCGUGGAAUAGUUGAUCUCACCUUAGACGUUGACGAAGAGAAGUUUAGUUUGUUCACACUUGGACUUUUCGCUGGAGGACUGUCUUCCUUCGUUAGCAGCGGUGAUGGUGAAGAAGCUGAAGAGGAAACCGAUACAGUCGCCGGUAUGGAGCUGUCAGUGCAAGGAUCCGUCCUAAGGCCUUUAGUGUUCUUCGAUGGUAAAGGCGAACUUAUGGGACACGUCUGGAGCGGAACAGCCUCGGAACCUACUCCGGCCUAUCAAGCGACUACCCUCCUGCAGGACAAUGAAGAACGGUUCCCUCUACAGAAUGGAGGCGUCGUUAGAUUGAACACCCUAGGAGCCCUUUCUAUCGAUCUGAACGGACAAGUGACCAUGAGCUUAUGGGGACGAAACGCACAUUCCAAAGUCGAGCAAAACACCGGAAUCGCUGUAACUGGAAGCCUUUCGUUAGAUACUUCCUUCAUAUCGCUAACAGUCAACUUCAACAUCGGUCAAGAACCUCAGCUGCACCUAACGUCGGAUCUGGACUUCUCGUCCGACAAUCGGCUAUGUAUGCAGCUGAAACAAACGGACAGUGUUCUUAGCCGAAGUGUGCUGAAGUCGGUUUCCGUUCCUGGAAGCAAAUACCGUAAAACGCAGUCCCACAAGAUGACAUACAAAAUUCCGGGCCACACGCAUGCCCUGAACCAGAAGAACAACGACAUGUGCAAUCUGAUUGCCAAGAGCUGAUCCCGCAUGAGAAAGGUGAAGUCCGAUCGGUCCCAUCCAGAGACCAAAGCAACCAUUUUGCUCCCAAAAAUUACCCUCUAGGAAAAUGAAAAAAAAUGAAUAGACUUUGACGCGUAAUGUAGAUUGGAUGUUUUGUUCGAAUUUUGAAAGUCCUGUCAGAAUCGAAAGAAUGUUUUAUGUGCGAAGUUUUGUACAGAUGAAUGGGAGUGUUAAUAUUAGGGUGAAGAAUGAAAUAAAGAUUUCUAAUAAUGUGAACAA